AUGCACCCCCGAGACUCCCGCGCCCCUAACAGUGGGGCCCACACGACAUACAUCUUCACUCUUCUUCGCAUCUUCCCCGUGCAUUUCCCUUUUCAUUCCUCUUCCAAUGCAAUGCAGCUUGUAAGCACAAACAUUCACAGUUCAUCCACUGUUCAGCAUGAGUUUAAAAAUAUAAGCAGACAUCAGGAUUCAUUGAAAAAUGCUAUGAUGUUCAGAAAAGACUUUACAAAUUUUGCUUCGAAUUAUAUCAGUUAUAUUAGUACCAUAGACGGGUCAAAUCCAUCAC